AUGUCUCAAUACUCAGCUGCCAGCGGCAUCAUGAACAGCAUGAGGACGCAGUCGCCGAUAGUGGCAAUGGCAAACACCAAUAAUAAUAACGACCCCCUGCCUCUCGGAUGGGAGGUAAAAAUUGACCCUCAGACCGGGUGGCCUUUCUUUGUGGAUCACAACAACCGCACCACAACCUGGAAUGACCCGAGACACGACGCCAAAAAGGUCAACCAGCUGUCACAAAAUGGACCUAGCAGGCCACCAGAUCCAAGCCCCCAGGAGCCACAGAAGACCUUUGUGAGGGAGAUGAAGCACCCCAUCCUUCGCCAAGGGUAUGUGCCAAUCCCCGUCUUCCACGAGGGCGCAGACCUCCGACAGCAGCAGCACCCGUGUUUCUCCUACAUCCAGCCAGCCACUGCACAGACUAUUCGGACAGAGGGCCAAGCGCCUUCACCUACACUCGGGCUCCACUGCAGGCCCAGAUCACCGUUACAUGGACCUUCAGACAGCUGCCCCACUGAGGCUGGCAAGCCCUGCUCGCCUGUUUCACAAACACCAGAGGUUCACUCUGCCCCGCUACACCAAACCUCACGACCCAGCAGCACUGGCCUCCAGGCAGGUUACAUCCCCAUCCCAGUGAUCCAUGAAAGUGGAGGAAACCAAGCACAACCACAGGCACAGUUAAAUCCCUCUGUCUACUCUCAGCGCAACCCGUACUCAGAGCACCAGCAGCCUUUCCAUCGCCUUCAGCCAGAGGAAUGGGCUGGCCACUGUGGAGCGAUGCAGUCCCCUCGGGAAAGAGCUUCUCCGAUUCUGCUUCCCCAGCAUCGCGAAGCCACUCCUAUCCACCUCCAGCCUCAUAUGAGAAGCCAGUCUCCCAUCAUAACGCAGGUGUUGGGGGAGAGACCACAGGCACAGCAGCAUGUCCUCACAAGAGAAACACCCCUGAAAGUUGAGCACGAUCCAAGCAGUCAGCACAGACCCGAGAACCUGCAGUUCGCCCAGUCUUUAAACACAGAGGCUGAUAGUCAAAAGCCUCAACAGUUCCAGCAACCACAGGUUCAACAGUUCCAGCAGCCUCCACCUCAACCGUACCAACAGCCACCUCCUCCACCGCCUCAAUCGUACCAACAGCCUCCGCCUCAGCCAUACCAACAGCCUCCGCCUCAGCCGUACCAACAGCCACUGCCUCCACCGCCUCAACCGUACCAACAGCCACCGCCUCAGCCGUACCAACAGCCACCACCUCAGCCAUACCAACAGCCACUGCCUCCACCACCUCAACCGUACCAACAGCCACCGCCUCAGCCAUACCAACAGCCGCCGCCUCCACCGCCUCAGCCAUACCAACAGCCACCGCCUCCACCGCCUCAGCCAUACCAACAGCCACCGCCUCAGCAGUUCCAGCAAACACCAACACAGCAACCACAACAGUUCCAACAACCACAACAGUUUCAACAGACACAACCUCAGACAUCUCAGCAGUUCCAGCAGCCGGAGCCUUCGUCACCGUCACAGUUUCAGCAACAGCCUCAACAACCGGAGCAACCACAGCAGCCACAUCAAACAACAAAUAUCACCGUCCACAUACCUCCCAAACCAGAGGCUCAGGACUAUGCAGCUCCUUCAGAGGUCCCACCUGUAAGGGCAGAAGCUGAGCCAGCUGUCCAGUGCCCGAGUCACCCAGGUUUGGCUAAGGUGCAGCAGAUAGUAGAAAGAGUCGCCAAACUGGAGCAGGAGGUGAAAUGCUUUGAUGGGAAGAGGAAUGAUAAGAAAUACUUAUUACUGGAGGAGCUGCUGACCAAAGAGCUUUUAGCACUGGACUCGGUCGACCCAGAGGGGCGUGCCGAUGUACGGCAGGCAAGACGGGAUGGAGUCCGUCGUGUUCAAACCAUACUGGAAGAACUGGAGCAACUGGAGGAGCAGCAGCCAACCAGUCUGCCUGCCAGUGAGAGCUCGAUGGAGGGCGACAACCUCCUGCAGAAAGGAGAGCCCAGUAUGAUCAGUAAGGAACAUGCUGAGAUGUCAAGGGAAAUAUCGUAAUGACUGCACAGCUUCAUAACUAAGAGGAGAGAAAGAUGGCCUGCUGAGAAUUUGAUGGACGACAAGUCUGCUCCCGCCAACUUUCUCACUCCUCUUCCACUUCAGCAUUUGUGGAACUUUAACUUGCAUGCAUUGAUUAAUGGUGUUGGUAUUUCCUGGCAUUCACCACAUAAUUGAUGGUAGCUAAGUGCAAUCAUGUUUUUAAGCCAAUGUUGCUGCCUUCUAUGUAGUGCCAAUGUCUUCAUAAAAAAGACAAGCUGUCAUGAUCAAGGUGUUGACAACAAUUUUGAGUUAAAAUGGAUUUCGAAUAAGAGGCCUUUAUCAAUCAGCGGAAGGACAAGUAUUUCACUCAAUAAAUCUUAUGUUUAGUUGCCUUUUGUCUUGUGUUGUAUGAAGCUUUUCUUUAUUCUGACAGAACGGUUACAACACCAGUGCAAAAGUUCCGGCUUUAAAUCAGUUAUACUAACUGCACAACUCAGCCAACAGAAAAACAUUAUUCCCUUAUAGCCACAAGGCCAUUUUGUCGGAGCUGCUAUGUCAUAGAAGUUACUACGUUUAUUAGAUGCUGCUUUUUGGUGCAUUACGUAUUUUGCUGUCUUUGCACUUAAGCCACCAUUCUUGAAAUGUAUCAUGCUGAAAAGUCAGCAGCACUUCAUUUGAAAUAUUUCUGUUUUGCAAGUUUUGAUUGAUAUAUUGUUUGAGUGUUUGUAUGUGUAUUGGUUUACUUGUUACUUCAAAAACAUUAUAUCAAUAUAUUUUGAAUCCAGAAAUCAAAGUAAUGAUUUGUGAAUUUUGGUACAUUUAACAAUGUGUAUUGACAGAAAUGGAUGUGAGUUGUGUAUCAUACUUGAGAUGUGAGACAAUCAGCACUUGCUGCUAAUUAUGAAUCACAGUUUAAGAGUGUCAGAGUGUCCUUAUAUAACUUUCAAAGCCACAAUCUGUAAUAGGAUAACAGUCAAAAGGCAUACAAACUUCAAAAUGCCAGCAGUGAGAAAUUACUGAGUUCAUACACAGAGGGUGCAAGGAACCACAAUCUGUUUCAUGGUAAAGGUAAUUUUCUGAAUGCAUUCUGAUUGUUUGUAUACAUCAGCACUGUGGGGUGAGUUGUCUUUGCUUUCAGUUGCUUUCAUUCAGAAAAAUCUCCGGGGAAGCUGUUUACCCAAAACACCUGUACAAAUUAUGGAUUGUGGCUCACUGUUUUAUCACAGCUUGUGACUAGCAGGUUAAUGCGAUAUUGGAAACAAGUCACGUAGGUAUGGUUGAAAAUAAAAUGUAUUUAAUGACAUUGA